AUGUCGCAACACUCCAAGAAACUUCUAAGCUCUCAACUCGAGCUGUUUGAAGAGUCGUGUUCUCAUCUUCAGAGUUACAUCACUGAUUUCCAGAAACAGAUUAAAACAAAGGCCAUAGAAUGUCUUGUCAGCACAUCUGGCACUACAAUGUCAGUCAAAGAUGCGAUCGUGAUGGUGACAACAGCACAAAAUACAGUACUGGAACAUGUGGACAUGUUAGCUGAAAUCAACCUAAUUUACCCUGAAAAAAUAAUGACAAGUAAAACGACAUUACCGGAAAGAAAAACAGAAGCUGAGCAAACAGCUAAAGACAGCGUUUCUGAAUUUAUCUGCCGACUUGAACACCUUGAAACUCUUGUAUCGGAUCUACAAGACACGAAACAAAAGACUGAAAAAAACUUUAUUGAAUUUAAGGAAUGGAUAGACAAAGCUGCAACUGUGCAAAAUGAUGCAGAGAUUAAAAUUGAAAAAUUAUCUAAGAAACAAAAGCUUAACUUUAAAAACAUAAGAAAACAUUUGAAUGAACAAGAAAACAAAAUAAAUGAACUGAAUAAAGAAAUUGAAAUUUUAAAGGAAAGAGAAUCCAGUAAAAAGAAACCACUAGAGAAAAUGGCUGUAUUUGUGAGAGAAUAUGAAUCUAAAUUACUUUCGUUGAAUGAAAAUAUCCAAGUUCUAUCAGAAAAGAAUGAUACUUUAACAAGAGAAAUAAAAAGCCAAGCAGAUUUAAUAUAUGACUUACAAGAACAAGACAAGCAAAAUAGUAUGAGCACAAGAAACAAAUUUCAUAUUUUAAUUUCUAAGCAAGCUGUUAUGUGUAAACUCCUGCAACAACGAUUGUCUCCCAUAGACAAAUUGCUUCAACUUUGUAAUCACACCUGUGAGAACAGAGAACUAAAGCAGAAACAGUUUGAUGUUUUUGAAAAAGAUUUUACAAAGUUAUCGGAGGACUUUCAUAUAUUAGCCAGUCAACAAGCAAAACAUUUGACAGUAGGUUUUGUUGCUUCAUGUGGGCAGGUAGACCGUCGCAAAAUGGGAUUAGAAGGCUACAAACUCUCUUACACCGGCGUAGAGCGUAACCUAGGAAACCAUUUUAACCCGAAUACCGGAGAGUUCACCGCCCCUGUUGAUGGCCUGUACAUAGCAAGUCUUACAGUAAAACAAACGGGGGAUAAGCCCGUACAUGUUUGGAUAAAACACAAGUCUGGAUGUACACAGUCCUGGCUGGGUCCUGUAGAGACAAAAGACAAAUUUAACCUGGCUUUAAGGACAUCCGUGGCUUGGUUGAAAACUGGAGAUGUUUUACAUUUAGAAAGUUUUGGUAUGGGAUUUAACUGCACACAUUUUUCUUGCUUCCUCCUUGGUAUGUAG